AUGUCCAACUGGCACGCUCUCAACAUCGAGUCCGACUCCGAGUCCGACGACGAGAUCGAUGAUACCAAGGAACUACAAAUUGAGGACGCCCUGAAGCUCUACCAAAACGCGCUCAGGCUACAUGCUCAGGGGCCAGCCGCCUUCGACCAGGCUGCAGAAGCUUACCGUGAACUCUUUGAGUCUGAGAUCUUCAGGUACCCGGAGAGCCAGAACGAGCUACGGCGUAUCGAGCUGUAUGGUCCAUCUACCGGAUUUGAGGACAAUUCAUUACUGCUCAAUGGACAGCAAGAUGGCGUUACGUUGGGAGGAAAUGCCGGCCUUGGUGCCUCGAGCAGCGGGCUGUACGAGACAGGACCGAGCACGCUCCCCCAGAUCCUCCACUUGAGCCAUAAGAACUAUGCACAAUUUCGGCUUGAACAUCUCGGUACGCGCCUUGACGACUUUAAUGUCUCCUUACAGCAGAUCCUGACGGAUGCGACCGCCGCACUGGAGCACUUUGUCCAAGCGCUAGACAAAGAUGAUUCGGAUCUAGAUCUGUGGAGGAAGUCAGCCAAGGUCGGAGGUAUGCUGGGAAGCAAGCGGAUAGCACGAUUUUGUCUGGAGGCCGUGCUUGAAGGUGAUGAAGAAGGCUUAACCAGCGCGUUAGCAUUAACUGGUCUUGAAGAAAGCUUGGCAGGCGAGCAACUUGUGAAUCUGGUGGAGGCGCUCAACGAUCGUCUGUCUAUUACUCUUGGUGGACUGCCAAGUGGCAAACGGAGGACGCUUUCGAAGGCGCUGAAGCGGCGGCUUGAGGUCUUUCGUGAUGUUGCUGAUUACGAAGAUGAGUUGCUUCACACGGAGAAGAUACCGGGCCAGGGUCUACCGCAACCUGGAAAGGUACUACUGAAGACACCUUCAACAUGGGCUGAAGUUGGGGAGCUACUGCUUGCGCACUUCAUGUCGGAGCAAUAUGGAGCUAGCAAUCGUGGACCAGCUUCGGCAAUUGGGUUUACGCAAGGAGAGAACUUGGGGACGAUGACGGAAGCCACAUUUGAAGCUGAGCACCAAAUGCAUCUCGAGCCUGCUAAAGCUAUCGCGGACUCUGUGACUACCACGCAUCUCAUGCCGACGUCCAUCGCUGCCCAAUUUCCUGGACUGGACUCUGGCAAGCCUACCACCCAACCACAGAUAGCACCUGCGGAUCCUAGUAUGACUCUACCCAGCGUAGCUAACUCGGUCGCUUUGCCAACUCGAAAACGCUCAGGCGACGCUGCGGGUCUCCAGGAAGGCAUGGAUGAAGGUCGUAGCGGACGAAGCAAACGCACGCGCCUGCGUGAGUCUAUUGUCAAUACUGUCGAGCAUCGUGAAUCUCUGGCUGGUGGGGACGCCGGAAAACAAGCGCAAAUGGACGCGAACCUUAGAUGGGAACAUGAACAGCAAUUGAAUGAGGCUCAACAAGCUGAUGAUUGGAUGUUCGAGACUGUUGGUAAUCUAUUCGAAAGGAUCGGCGUUUUCAACUUUGAUCGAGCGCGGAGAAUGCGACAGGAGAUCUCAGGAAGUGGUCAUGAGAGCACGAACGGCAUACCAAGGGAGAUCCAUGAUUCUGGAGACUUACAGCAUGCGAGAAAUGACAUUCGUGCGUUUCUGGAUGGAUACUCGGAGCCCCUGGCUCAGCUACUGCUUGUCAAAGGUAACAUACCCAUGGAACACGGACUCGGAGAUAAGAUGUGGGGUUUCAACAAUGCUGGCUUGAUUGCUCAUGGGGGCCAAAACACGGUCCAGCAGCUGACAGCGAUGCUGUCGGAAGACGGCCUGCAGGCCUUUCUCUCAGAUACCAACAAUGGCUGGUUCACGUUGCAGCAAACCGCGUACGACUGGCUCUGCCGACUAUUAAAGCCCAUGCCAGGGUCCGGUGCAAGCAACACCUAUGCUGCCUAUAGAUGGCCGACAGAGUUAAAGACUAUGAUCGUGCGCACUCUGGUCACCUUCGACGAAACUGUAUAUGAGCGUGCGCGUCAGGACCUCAAUAUUUCCAUUCAGCAGGAACAUCACAAUAGCGUAGAAGCGAUUCUUCGCUCGGCAGGCGAAGUUGCGGAGAUGCUAGAGUCAAUUUUCGAGCUACAUUUGGAUAUCUACACAUUGAUAAAGGAACCUAACAGUGGCGUGGAUGCUGAGACGAUAGCAUCGCAAGGCGAUCGAUUGCAACGGUGGGCCGGACUUGCCAGGGAGGUAAUGCACUUCCGUGGCUUGAGCCAAGAUACGGAAGCUGUGUCAGACGAACUGAGUCUUAGAUUCUUAUGGGCGACGACUUUUCAUCUUUUCGCUUGCUCGUCAGAAGGCUCGGUAGAAGCGGCCCGGGAUGGAGGGCCUGCUCAUGACGAUGUCACCCAGGAUCAUGUAUUGGAAUGCAUGAAAGAUCUUAAGCGCGUUCUCUUGGAUGCUGAGGUGGAUGGCAAUGAAGUGUCAAUCGUGCUUAGCAACAACGCUGUCAUGGGCGAAUUGUCUGUGGCUGUUCUGGAAAGACAGAUGGCGAAGCUGACUACACGAGGCUUCAUGAACGGUCUGGCAGUGAUGCAGGGAGGUGACGCUGUCGCUAUCAUCGAAGGCCUCGAGCCACUACUAUUGAGCCUUCAGCGUGACGAGCGUGUGGUUUUGGAGGACGACGCAGAUACGGACGACUCGCCUACUGUAGAUGCACCUGCAGAGCUCGUCCGCUUCCUGCAGAACAGCAGCCUGUCGGUGAAGCUAGUACUCUGGAAUCGACUUCGCGACGCUUACCACUCCAUCGACUAUCAGCCAAUGGUUCUGCUCUGUCACUUUGUAAUCAUGCGCAUGCUUAUGCAGGAGCUCAUAUCACACUCGACGACCCAACAAGCCCAACGCGAAAGGCAGACAGCGACAUUGAAGACUUUGCAGGUGUUGAAAGACACCACGGCUAAGAUCCUCCACAUUACUCAGACGUGUGAAAAUGCCCUCGAGUGCAUUGAUGAGAACCAGCUGAAAUGGACUAUCGCCAUGCUCAGCGAGGUCCUGCAACUGAUACAAGUCUUCAACAUCGCUGAAGACUCGGUCCGCGUAGGCCAAUCUGCAGCGCCGACGCUUGCUACUGGGUUCGCAAUUCCAUCCUGGCCUCAUGUUACAGCGACUAUGCACGACUUCCAAGUGAAUAUCUGGAUGGUUUUGUACUCCCUAUUCAGCGAAGCCAUCCUGCAGCACACAGACCUCUACCCAACGCCUACCGAGGACAAAUUCGACUUCCUCCGCUGUGUCCACCGUAACCUUGGCCUUCGCAACAUAUGCGGUGCCAGUAACAGUGUUUUCAUUCGAAUGCUGAAGGAUGAAUUUGUGGGCAUGACACACGUCGAAGGCUACGACAGCGAGCAAGCACAAGUCCUUUAUGAUCUCUAUGGCCUCAACUGUUUUCUGAAUCCGAGCUAUGAGCUUAUUGAACAUCACUGUAACCAUGAUGCUUUUCUCGACCGCGGUGUGGCAAUGCUGGCGGUCGACUUACUUCUUGUACAGGCGAGAAAGUUACCAAUUAAGGAGUUGGUCAAGCGUUCAUUGAAAGACACCAUCGAGAAGGUUCAUGGCGUUGUACCGAGGCGGAAGCCUAGCGAAGCUAUAGUCCGCAACAAAGAGAUAUACAGGACUUUCCUGAGGUCGGGCAUCAAUCCGCUGGAUGUUUUCAACGCACUCAAGGGAGAUGGGAAUGAAUUACCAAUCCUGGCUAUACCCAAGGAAGAUGCGGUCCUAGCUUCGAAAGGAUGGUACUUCCUCAUGGGCCACCUCUCUCUCGCCAAGUUCAAGGUCCAGAAACGCACUACUGUCACGCCAACAGAGGAACUGGACAUCGCGAUCGCUUUUUUCCAUCAGGAUCUCGAGUAUAGCUCGCAAAACUGGGAGACAUGGUUUAGGCUUGCUCAGGCAUACGACACCAAAGUCGAAGAAGCCGUGGUAUGGUCGGCCGAGAAGCUUAACAGUGGUAUGCCAGAGAUAGUAGCUCUGCAGAAGAGUGCAAUUCAUUGCUAUACUAUGGCGACCGCGCUAGUCCACCGCUCUGGAAACCUCCGAUUCGAGACAGCAGACUUUAUGACCGAGCUGUACUCCGAUUUUGCCGCAAGGAUCUAUGCUAGCUCGAGAGAGCCAUUUGGCAUGUUGGUAUUCGCAAACGAAGAGGAAAAGUUCUUGAGCAUGCCUGUUGGCAUGGGCAAGGGCAAGGCUUUCACACCACUGCGACUCUACACCGCAUGGAAGUUGGCCAAAGUCUUGUGGGAGCGUGCUCUCGAGGGCAGGGAGGGCAAGUGGCUCGAGUGGUUGACGCUGGGCAAGUGUAUGUGGAAGAUGGUCUCAGCUAGUCCUGAAGUAAGAGGUCCCGGCAAGCACAUGGUGGCACAGGAGGUGCUCGCAGUAUUCAUCAGAGCUAUCGAGAUGAUACCCGACAAGCGAGACAGCAAAGAGAAGAAAGAGCCAGUCCUUGAGCCGCAUUACAAGCUUGUCAGCAUCGUUCACAAGAUGGUUCAAAGAGGCGACUCGUCUCUUCAAGUGGCAGAAGAGGCUUUACGGCACACACCUUACGCACGACAGGAUCCUUUCCCGCGGAGCCUGCAGGAGUGGCCUGGCCAUAUGCUCGCCAUACUCAAGAGCCUUCGCAACGCUGACAAGUCGAACUGGCACCAUCGCAUGAUUGCUCGUGCUGCACACAUUGUCUACCAGCAUCCUCCCGAAGGUGGUGAGCCUGGAGGACUCAAUGGGGCGAAUGCGGCCAAGCAUGAACUUACGCAGCAGAUGUUUACCAAGACCAUGGUACUGCAAGUCUGGCGUCCUGAAAGUGAACGAGCUGGCCGUCACUUCGUGUACACGGCCCGAUACACGCGCUUCUUCACCCGCAUCCUUGAACAGCUUGCCGAUAGACCCUCACUCGAAGCACUUGCCCGCCGUGUUCGAAGACGCCCGCAUGAGAUUUUCGAGCAUGGUGUUGUGUGGCAGGAGAUCUGCAACGCUUACCUACGACUCUUGCGCAAACAUGGCGACCUGAGCGAGGGACUGGAGACAAGCACAUUCAGCAAUAUCGUCCACGAAGACUUUUUGACCCGCAAAGAGCCGCUGGAGAAAUGGAUGCAGGGUCAGGAUUGUGGCGUCUGUAAGGCAUUGGAUGUGUUGAGAGACGUCCAAGAAUUGAAGAGGAUCAAUCAAGGACUGAUGAAGCCUGGUGGCAUUGACGACUUGAUCGGUGAUGCGUAUGCUUUCCUCUUCGCAUCUGUUGGGAAGCAAUUAUGGGAGGCUGAACGGAAGGUCAAGGCUGAAGAAGAUGCUGCCAAGGCUGCUCUCGCUACUCAAGCCGCAGCAUCAGCACCUCCAGCUAUGGCUAGGAAUCCUAUGAUGAGUCUCAAUGCUCUCAUGAACCUCGACGGCGCUACAGAGACGAAGCCGAUCAUGACACAGCCGGCGCCAUUCUUUCCGCCUGCACUUCCCGUCCUGCCGUCGACUGAGGCUCCGGCCGCUGCUCAACGAAAGAAGAUAGGCGUUGGACGUCGCGAAAUCAGGACCUGCGCAGAAGCGUGCACGCAAAAGGCCCCAGCAGCUAGGGCGACCGCAGCCGGCACGCCCAGGGCGCAUGUCGUGAUUGAGAACAAUCGAUCGGUGUUUGCCGCUGGCGGGAAUGGUCAUAGUGGCAAUGAUGGGGAUAGAUCGGUGGCUGCGAGCGUCGACGGCAGUCUACAUGACGAUGCAGACGAUGAAUCCGAGCUCUCUGACUUGGAGCUGGAAGAAGUUGAGGAUGAUGGUGGUAUAGAGGUGGGUACACCUAGGCCGAUGUUUCCAGGUCUUAAGCAGAAUUCGCCCACGACUCCAAUCGGAGGCGGGGCCGAGGAAGGAGAUGAACAAGGAGAUGACGAUGUCGAAAUGGUCGAAACGGCGAGUCCGAGCCACCAGGUGGGUCUAGACGCUGUGAUGGUAUGA